UCCCGCUCCUUGGAUUUCUUUUUAAUUUGAUUCAUGUAAGUUUGCUUCAGACAGUCUUUCAAUCGUUCAAUCGUUCAAUCAUUCAUCUUUCAAUCAUUCAAUCUUUCAAGUAUAAAGUAUUGAUUCCAACUCCUCGUUCGUUGCUCAUUACUUUCCCUCACUUUGUUUCGUGUUUCGAGUGUCUGGUGUCACGAUACGAGGAUAUACAAAGGAAGAAGAUCCAUAGUGAAGUCAAAGUUCAUUCUCGAAUUCACUCAUUUCUACUUCGAAAGAAAACGCAUCCGCGACUUGGCAAGACUCAAUCAAGGAUCAUAAUACAACAUAAUCGACUCUUUUCAGCAAGCCAAAGAAAGUCCAUUCAAACGUGCAUUACAUUACAUUGCAUUGCAUGAAGAAGGGAAAGGCAAGGCAAGGCAAGGCAAAGGAUUCUUCUAUAAUCGAACAACCACCUGGGCAUUCAUUCUCAUUCAGACCAAGAAAGGGUGACUGGAAAAUCGAACAUUGGAAGCACCUCAUCAGAAGGAUUUAUAUCUACAUAAAAACCUUGAUGCGACUUCCUACAUUACUUUAUACAUUCCUCAAACCUACAUUUUCCAAUACAUGCCAACAACUUCCUUCGAUCUCUCGCUCUCACUUCAGAACUACAUAACCAACCUCCCUCUCCUUUACAAUACAAAUAUAAUAAAUCAGUCUUUAUUAUAAUUCUUCAAUUAUGAAUCCAACAAUGUCUCCACCACUUUCCAUGUCUUCGCGCAAAAGAUCCUCAUCCAUAUCAUCAUUCGAUUCUUUUGAUUCGGAUUUCUUCGAACAAACCUAUGUCCCACUCUCAAAUCUACCAACCCCACCUCUCUCAUCUCAUUCCUAUGAUACCACGGCAGCUCAAUCACCAAUAUCUCUUUUCAGCUCCGACGAAAUCCUUGAUCCAGACUAUUUGGGUCCUGCAAUCCAUCUCACAAACUUAAUCCCCUCCUCCACUUCCUUAACCGAUCCCUCCACUCAACUAGUCCACGCCAUAUUAACCCGCGCCGAUCUACCAAUCGAAAUCCUCGCCCUCGCAGUCUGCAUUCUCGAUUCCCUCAAUUCUAGAUUUGCUCGCUCGUGGCGAAUUUCAUAUCCCCUCGAAUCAUCCGAAGAUCAAUUACUCGAACAAUACGAUUUCCCCAGUCCACAAUGUGCAGAAGAACAACACAUCGAUUCUACACACCCCGAAGUGAUCGUUCUCGCAGCCCUCAUAUUGGCGAUGAAAUUUAUAGAUGAUCAACAAGGAACCACCCUUUACUAUGCGCAGAAAUGGGCAAGAGGAUUGUGGAGUUGUGAUCAAAUUAAUUUCACGCAGAGAGCGAUUAUGGAAAAUUUGAAUUAUAGAUUACUACCACUUUGGGAAGAGGAAAUUAUUGAAGAAGCGAAGAUGAGUAUGGCGAGAGCGGCAAAGAGACAAUCGUCACAAUUAUAUUGUAUGCAAGAUUGGACACAAUCAAUGAAGAAUUGUGGAAUGGGGAGACCGAUGAGUAGUGGGAAAGCUUGUAAGGGAAUUGAAGGAGAAAAUACACCACAACCGACACCAGUUGAAUUACCAUUUUGUGAAGAUUUGGUCAUGGGAAUCGGAAGUGAACGACCGCUGGGAGGUACAUCGAUGUUAAGUCGAGAAACAAAAAUAGCGUUUGGGGGAGUAUUGGGUGGAGAGUAUCAGGAUGUGGAUAUGGAUAUUGAUUUGGAGAGAUUUCCGACAUACGUGGAUUCUUUCAUGGUUCAUGAUGAACAUAUGAAUUUUGUAUGAGGAUGCGCGCAGGAUCAAGGCAAGAAGCUGGAUCAUGUCAUGAUAUGAUGACUUUACGAUCGCAUCUUUACAACCUCUUUCGACCCAUACCUGGGGAUCAACAGGGUAUUCAAGGAUUGUCUUUAACGGUAAUACGUUACAUGAAAGCCUUUCUUUCUCUCCUGGACAAACCGGAAACGAAAAUUAGGAGUAAUGUUUAUGGCAAUGGAAUGGAGUGAAAGGGAAUUUUGGAUCGAAUUGUUCUUGGUUGGAAAUUGGUUGGCAUGGAAAAUGGAAUGGCGCUUUAUACCUCGAGAGAAGAGAUUUUGGAACAAAGGUUCGAAUCUGGUGUUUCUUGUUUUGCUGAGUUGUGGUUGUGGUUGUGAUGAGGAUGGAUGAGGAGGAGGGUGGUGAGUGAGUGAGUGGCAUUACAUAGAUUGUAUAUGCCUACCUGCCUACCUCAACUUCCUCCACUACCUGAAAUUACGUAGUAAUAAUACCUACCUAGUAAUAAUAUACAUUACCUAAUUUUAUAUUUCAUAUGGUUUUGCUAUU